AUGGCUUCGCAACCGGAACAGACUCAGGAAAAUGGACGCGCGAACAUGACCUCCGAGGGGAAGGUCGCAGACUUGGGUUUUACGCCUAUGGUCGUGGUCGACGGUCCUUGGACUGUUGACAAGGUCGUCAAAGAGAUUCCUGGUGGUGCUCCUACUGAGGGGUCCUCGUCACCGCUGCCCUUCUUCCAUAUGCUCGAACGGCUCAAGACGACCAAGCGAGAAGGCUGGAGGCGAUUUGGUAUCUCUAGAGGAGAGUCUAUUGCCGACCACAUGUACCGCAUGUCUCUAAUCUCCAUGUUCGCACCGCCCUCUCUCGCCCCCAAGCUCGACCUUGCCAAGUGCAUGAAGAUGUGCCUCAUCCACGACAUGGCAGAGCUCCUCGUCGGCGACAUCACCCCCGUGGACGGCGUACCCAAGCCCGAGAAGAGCCGACGCGAAUCCGAGACGAUGGACUUUUUGACCAAGAACUUGCUACGGAACGUGGCAGGCGGCACAACCGGCGAGGAUAUUCGCGCCAUCUGGCAAGAAUAUGAAGAUUCCGAGACUCUCGACAGCCAUUUCGUGCACGACGUGGACAAGAUGGAGCUCCUCCUGCAGAUGAUGGAGUACGAGAAGCGAGGCGAUGGCAGACUCGACCUGGGCGAGUUCGCAUACGUCGCUACCAGAAUGACACUACCGGAGAUGAAGACCUGGGGCCAAGAGGUUCUCAAAGAGCGAGAGGAGUUCUGGGGAAGCAAGGAGCACGUGCAUGGCGAGCAAGGCACCAGCGGAGGAGUCACCACAGAGCGAAAGGGACAGCAAGACAAUUACUACAACAAGGGUUAG